CUCAGGUGGCUCUCUCAGUGUGGAAGUUGGUGUGGAAGUUGUGCGCGAGACGAGCUCCAGACGAGCAGCUUACGGAAGUUCUUCUUUUUCUUUUUUUCUUUUACAGUUUUAUUACAUUUUUUUUACAUUGCGAGGCAAAAGCGUUACCAUGGAGACGUGUGGCGUCUCUUUCAGGCGCAUUUUAUCCUGAAAUCAGACGCUUUUUAACUAGCAAAGCUACAUUGUGCUAACGUCCAGCUCGCGAACUCGCAACGUCAGAGAGGUGGAGGAGUGACAUUUCAUUUUGUUUAAUUAUCAUUAUCAUCUUUAUUAUUUUUAGUUUUAAUAAGAAGUUCAGACCUGCAGUGAGAGUCAUCACCCGGUGAUGUUCUGCUGGACUUCCACAGCAGGCUGGAGCUCUGAGGAAGCUUCCGCGUGAGAUGGACGUGGACGUCACGCGCUCCGUCCUCGAGCUUCACUGACCAUCAACCGAGCGUCAGCGUGUGGUGAAAAUGGUGAAAAUGUUCCAGAUGAAGGGGCUCUGCUCUCGCUCCUCCUUCUACGUGGGCUUCCUGGUGGGUACGUGUUCUCUGUACGUCAUCCUGCAGCAGGCCUGGUACUCACAGAUCUUCUACCCACAAUCCGAUGAGGCGGACCUGAGGAGGCUGGAGGAGGAGCAAAAGAACUGGAAGAAGGAGAAGUCGGCGCUGUUUAACAUCAACCACCCGCACCACAUCGGUGAGGACAGCGGCCUGGCGGAUUCCCUGUACAAGCGUGUCCGUAUCCUGUGUUGGGUGAUGACGGGUCCCAGUAACCUGGAGAAGAAAGCUCGUCACGUGAAGGCCACGUGGAGUCGUCACUGUAACAUCGUGGUGUUCAUGAGCUCGGUGGAUGACCCGGACUUCCCCACCGUCGGACUCAACACCAAGGAGGGCCGUGACCAGCUGUACUGGAAAACCAUCAAGGCCUUCCACUACGUUAUGGAGAAGCACGCCGACGACGCCGACUGGUUCCUCAAAGCUGACGACGACACCUACGUGGUGGUGGACAACCUGCGUUGGGUGCUGGCCAACCACUCGCCGGACGAACCCGUGUACUUCGGACGUCGCUUCAAGCCCUACAUCAAACAGGGCUACAUGAGCGGCGGCGCCGGAUACGUGCUGAGCCGAGAGGCGCUCAAGAGGUUUGUGGAGGGCUUUCGCACCAAAACGUGCACUCACACAUCCUCGGUGGAGGACCUCGCCCUGGGACAGUGCAUGGAGAAAGUGGGUGUGGUCGCUGGAGAUUCCCGGGACACGCUCCAGAGAGAGACAUUCCAUCCCUUCGUUCCGGAUCAGCACCUCACUGCCAAGUUCCCCAAGAGCUUCUGGUACUGGAAGUACUGCUACUACCCCAUCGUCGAGGGUCCUAAUUGCUGCUCAGACCUGGCCGUAUCGUUCCACUACGUGAAUGCUCAGACCAUGUACCUGCUGGAAUAUUACACCUACCACCUGCGUGCCUUCGGGUAUCAUUACCGUUACCGGCCCCCGGAGCCCAACCCCGUCCCGCCCUCUCAGCAGGAGCAGAAACAUGAUGCCAAGCUACAGGAAGCAGAGAAACAACCUGAACAUGAACACAACAAGAUCUAGAAGAUAAAUCUUUCAGUUUCGGAUCGUUUUCUGGACUCCUGGAAUUUCUUUAGUAUUUUUUUUAAUUGGGGAGGGAAGAGUAUGGUAUUUUCUGGUGUUUCUCUUUUUUUCAUGUACAUGAUUCUGGUAUUAAGUCUUGAGUUACAUAUAAGUGUGUGUGUGUGUGUGUGUGUGUGUGUGUGUGUGUGUGUGUAGGGGGUGAUGUUAUAGCUACAUCAACUUCACUUCCUGAUCUUAUAAAACAUGUUUACUGAAUGCUGACAGCUUAAGUAUGUAUAGUGCCUCUACAGGGGUGUGUGUGUGUGAGAGAGAGAGAGUGUGUCUGUGAGUCUUGGGUGUGUGUAGGCUCAUUCCCAAUGCCUUGUUAAAACUCUAGACCAAAUGAACAUACUCCCCCAUGACAUUUUAUUUAAAACAGAUCCUGUGGGCGGAGCUACAGACGAGCUCGGGUUGUGAUGUCGCAAAGUUAUUGACCGAUCGUUUGCAGGCUCAGAGCUGGACUCUGUAAACGUGGGCUUUAGCUGAUGUAACUGAAGGAGGGUAGUAGGUGUCAUGGUUGUCAUGUUCUGACAGACGUGAGCUAGCGCUGGGCGAACUGGCUAGUCGAGGCAGCGGUAUGUUUAGCUUGGUGACUGGGAUCACAUUUUCUGAUUUGCAUAUUCAUGAAUAUUUAUGUGUCUCAGAGUCCCUGGUAUUUUCCUGUGAGUUAAAUGUCAUGUAAUUUUUGUGUUUAUUCCAUUGAACUUGAACCAAGUGUUUUGGAACUUUUUGAUACCCAUUAGCACUUUGAGUGCAGGAUAAACGGAGGUGUUAGCGCUGAUGGAGCCGCUGUCGUAGGUGUAACAGGACCGUGAGGUGGAUAGUGUAGUGUUAUGGUGAAGUCACUGUGAGCAGGUGGACGAGGUGAUCCUGCUGAAGCUCUGCUCCUGCUCCUCUACUAUACACCUCCUUACACACACCUCCUGCACAGCCAUGCUAAUCUCUCUCCUCUGGACGUGCAGCAUGUGAUGAAAAGCGUAGAUUUAGAGAGAGGUGUAAAAGAACAUCAUCUCACUGCUUUUUAUUCAUUUUAAAAGUAUUAAAGGUUUAAUAGUUCAAAAAAUUUGUGAAUCCUCUGUGGUCAACCACACACUCUUCUCAAACACACCCCUUAUCAGCCCGGCCCUUUCUUAAACACACCCCUUUCUUAGCCACAGGCACUUUCUCAAACAUGCCUUUUCGCAGCCAGACCCCCUUCUCAAACAUGCCCUCUUCUCUGCCAUGCCCCACUAAUGAGCAGCUGGCUGUGGUUUGGGCUUCAGGGCAGAUGUGUUGAAGUUAAAGUUUAUUUACAUGUUUGUAUGAGUCAGGUGAGAGAGGAAAAUUUUCCCAGAACUAUUUGAAUAGAUUUUAUCGUUUUAAUCUUUUAACUUGUCGCUGGAGUAAAAAGUAGAUCCGGUUAUUUUAGACACACUCCUGAAGCUUCAGUCAUAUCCAUACACCGUCCAUCACACACACGUCACAUGGAUCUUCCAUCUGGGUCACGUUUCUGCUCCAACACCUUUAACUGAUCACCCCCCCCCCCCGGUCCUUCAGCUGAAGUGAAGACCAAAUUGUCCACUUUACACUCGCAGACCGUGAAGAGAGAUUAGAAAAAACUCUGGAGUUCAUCUUUGAUGCUGAAUUCCAGAGUCAGAGCUGAUGAUGGUGAUGCAGGAGGAGGAGUGAUGUCCUGAGAAUGUAUUUUCCUCAUGAACAGAUCAUUACCCGAGACAUUCGAGUCUGAUUAAUACACAGACUCUGACUCCAAUUAACCUUGAAGUGAUUCAAUUUGUUGCUAUGGAAACCAAAUCGGUGUUGUUCCUGAUGGAGUACAAUCAGUAACAGUGAGUGUUUUGUUUUAGUUAUUUUUAACUUAUUUUAUUUUUUAUGAAGGUUAUUCAGUUAUUCCUGAAGUCUUUUGUACUAUUUGCAUAAUCAUUCUGGGUAUUUUUCUUUUUUUUUUAUUUUGUUUGUUUUUAUUUUUUACUUUUUUAAGAACAUGUCUGCGCUGAAAUGGUGAAAGUGUUUAUCAUAUGUAAAAAAAAAAUCAGAUUGUAUUCGCUGUUUUGAUUUCUGACCUUUGGGAUCAGAGUGUGUGUGAAGAGUGAUGUUAAGAUUUCAUCACUCCGUAUUAAUAUUUUCGUAUAUCUAAAGAGGUGUGUGUGUGUGUGAGAGAGAGAGAGGAAAGAAAAUUCUGUACAGUAAAUUUACAGCAGUCUCUAUUUAUAGAUUCAGAAUAAAAAUCACUGAGGUACAAACUAUUUAAUAAAGACUUAUUUUAC